AAAAUAUGACUUAAAGAAAUUAAAAACGACUUAAAGUCUGGCAGCCCUGUUCAAAGCGUUGUCUUGACAAAAUGUCACGGAGCUCCAAACUUCGAGAUCUGAUCCUAAACACCAGCGUGCCACUCAUUAUUAACGACUUUCCGCUGAACUGGGAGUGCUUUGAAGGCUCGCUGCAUGACUGGUGCGAAAGGUUCGACCGGGAGUCGUCCCAACCGCCGGCUUUUGAGCUCAUGGGACUGACGGACUGCAGCACACCUCAGUGGGAGAGGAAGCGGACACGAGACAAUCAGUUGACGAGCAUGCAACAGUUUCUCCGGGAAUAUGGCGAGCUGGAUGAGGAACAAACUCACUGGGCAGCGUUCCAGUAUAAAAGAGCUCAGGAGUUACCCGCCAAUUGUCGACGGGGCAUUGACUUUGCUUGCUUUGGUUUUCCUGAUCACGGUGACGACUUCGCCCUGUGGCUUGGGUCGGAACAAGCGAAUACCCCUUGCCACUACGAUACCUUCGGUGUAAACGUUGUGGUGCAAGUGCAUGGCAGCAAGUCCUGGCUACUAUUCCCCCCGGAGACUCCUCUUCAAAGUACACGGAUUCCCUACGAAGAGUCCAGUGUUUACUGCCUGGAGAACUUCUAUGCGCCCGCUCCAGAGAAGAUGCACCAUUACAAAACACUAGCUCCAUAUGCCCAUCAUUGUAACCUUCAAGCAGGCGACGUUCUUAUUGUUCCACGCCAUUGGUGGCACUACGUGGAGGCUUUGUCCACUUCUCUAAGCGUUAACUACUGGGUCCCACUUAAAGCCGACAUGGACCUGGCACUGGACGAAUUCUUGGUCAAGCACAUUGUAGAAAGCUUCGUGAAGGGCGAAAGCGAUCAGUUGAAGGAGUACCUGUUGAAUCCCAACCAGCUGGAGGAUGUUGUCUCGACUCCCAGCGAGCUCUUUGCGCAGUUCGAGCGGGCUGUUCAGAACAUGGAGAGCGGUCAGGAUAACCGAAAGCUUUGGGACAGUGAUUACCUCAAUGCAACAGACUGCCGGAAUCUGCGUAGGAAUAUGAACUUAACCAUUAAGCCGCUGGAGGUGAUGCCAUCAGAGGAAUACAGGUUAUUGCUGGAGAAUAACUCAAAGAGGAUCAAACCGAACUCUCAAAAUCCAUCGGAGUCGUCGCCCAUAAGCUCCACCUGCGAGUUUCUGGUCAGCAGCAUGUGUGCUCCACGGGUUAUUGCCGGAAUGAAGCGUGAAUUCUUUCGGAGAUUGCAAAACGACAGUGUGUAGCUUUUUUUUAAUAAGUCUAAGACAAACGUUUACUGUGAUACGUGAUAAUAUUGUUGCAUAUAUGAGAUUAAAAUCCAAAAAGCCUUCAACAUUUAUGAUACAAUUUUCAAACAGAAUCAGAAUGCGGAGCAUUAAAUGCCUAAUACCGUCCA